GCGUAGAUGAUGGCGAAGAGAAGUCAGUUCAAUGUGACCGUGUUGACCGAGAUUACAAUAUCCGUCUUAGAAUUGGGUUAUUAUUUGUCAUAUUAGUUACUAGUGCCAUUGGGGCUUUUGGUCCAAUGUUUUUAAAGAAAAUGUUUAAUUUGGAUUUGGAAGGAAUGAUAAUUACUAUUAUCAAACAAUUCGGUACUGGGAUCAUUAUAUCUACUGCAUUUGUUCACCUUAUGACUCAUGCCGAUUUGAUGUGGUCAAAUGCCUGUCUUGCUGAUAAGAUUCAUUAUGAAGCAACAGGAACUGCACUUACCAUGGCAGGAAUAUUUGUUGCGUUUGUAAUUGAAUUUAUUGCAAGUAGAGCACUUAAGUCAAGAACUGCAAAAACACAACAAGUACAAGAUACUGAAGUUUCUAGAGAUUCAAAAGAAGAUCAAACUUCGAUUGUUUCAUCCUCUCCUAGUUUAAUUUCAUUGCAUGGAAUUUCUUCCAAAGACAAAAUAUCCGUGGUUAUAAUGGAAGCUGGGAUUAUUUUCCAUUCAAUUCUUAUUGGUAUAACAUUGGUUGUUGCCGGUGAUGCAUAUUUCAUUACAUUGUUCAUUGUUAUUGUAUUCCACCAAUUUUUCGAAGGUCUUGCCCUUGGUUCAAGGAUUGUGGGGUUGAAGAAUACUGCCCUUAUGACGAAAUUGAUCAUGGCUCUUGUGUUUGCAUUAAUAACACCAAUUGGUAUGGCUAUUGGUAUUGGUACAUUGAAAACAUUCAAUGGUAAUGAUCCUUCAACUUUGAUUGCAUUGGCCACACUUGAUUCCUUUUCCGCAGGGGUAUUGUUAUGGACUGGUUUAAUUGAAAUGUGGAGUCAAGAUUGGUUGCAUGGAUAUUUGUCAAAUGCACCAAUUACAAAGACUAUUUUUGCAAUGUUGGCAUUGGUUGCAGGGUUAAUCUUAAUGAGUUUACUUGGUAAUUGGGCUUAGCUAUUGUAUACUCUAUUUUAGUGUUUAUUAAAAAUUCGGAGAUAACUU